CAACAUGUCAAGAACUCACACUCAAGACCAAGACACAGAGGGAACUACAGGAGGUAGAGUAACAGGUAGAAGUAGAAGCAGCAGCAGCAGCAGCAGCAGUAGUAGUAGUAGUAGUAGUAGUAGUAGUAGUAGUAGUAGUAGUAAAAAUGACUUCAGGAGGGGCUGAAACUUGUAGUGAAACUGUGAAGAAAUAUUUUGCAUUAUGGGACUUUGAGGCUGCUUCUUCCAGGCCUGUAGAUGGCGUCAGUGAGGUGGGGGAGGUGAAAGUGUCGGAGUAUGAGAUGGAGGCAGAGACGGACGACAAAACCACUUCAGAAAACAGGGUUCUGUGUGACUGUCUCCACGGCUCUGUUCACGAUAAGGAGCACAGCCCACUCAUGAGAGCAGUGCUGUGCUGCUCGGUGUGUAAGCUGUACAGAUUUGCUGCUCAGGACCAAAGAUGGCUGCUGGUUCGGGAGCAGAUGUCCGAGACUCCUCUGUCCUUCUCUCUGCCCAGACAGCUACUGAGCAUGCUUAGUCUGGAGUACAGGAAGAGGGCUCAGGAGGUCGUGGAUCUGCGUGACCUUUCACCUCACCUAGAGCAGCUCCGGUGUGACAUCAUCAGCCGCUGUGACCACAUGACCUGCUGUUACCAGGAAACACUCCAACAACUGGAAACUCUGUCAGCAUCGUCUAAUUUUAAAGCGAGCAGCAGUAAGUCAGAGCGCCACCUGCAGUUCGUCCCCACAAACCUCCACUCUCAAAGGAUGGAGGUGACCAGCCCCGACUGUGCAGGAGUUUGGUACGACGUGACCACAUUUGGAGCUCCAGCCGACCAUCACCAGGGCUUUAGACAGGGAGGGUUGAGGAGGUUGCUGUCCAGACUCAUCGUGAACGGCCCUGUGUCAUACUCCCAGGAGGAGAGAUCCAGGGCCAGGGGAGUGCUGGAGGAGGUUGCCCGAUUACAGCCUGUCAUUUUUGGACUGGCCGAGGAGCUGCUGGCCCUGUCUGUGAAGGUCAACACUGUGAGGCUACAGAAGGUCCUAGACGCUCUGGCCAAACAGACAGAGGAGUUUGUCCACGCUCUCAAAGAUGAGCUGGUGAAAGGAGCUCUUGUGGCUGAACACAGACACACCGCCGCCCGCUGCCUCUACACCUGCAACGGAACUCCGCCCGGCAACACCUCAGCCAAUCAGGAGAGACGGGCAUCAGAGGGCCUACUGGAGCUGACCCGGGCGGAGGAGGAGUACGACGCAGAGGAGUGGGACACUGUGUGGGCAAACGUUGGGAAAAGCCUAAACUGCAUUAUCGCGAUGGUGGAUCGACUCAAAGAGAAACAGGAGAGUUCAAAAACAUCUGAUCCACAGGACACAAACCCCCACAACUCCGGCUCCUCUCCUUCCUCUUCAAUGUCGUGGCAGGAACAGUUGCUUCCCCUGGUGGUGACGUUGAGGGACUGCGUUCGAGAGGCAGCGUCCAAAGCCCACACUGCCAUGACGUUUGUGCUCCUCCAGGGGGCAGCAGCGGCCACAGUGGGACAGGGCUCAGAGCAGCUGGUACAGAGACACCACGCAGUCUUCAGCCAAGCGAUCACUGCAGUCACGUGUGCUUUUAUUUUGAAACUGCACGAUGAGUUAGAAGAUGUCAAUUUCCUGCAACAGCUCCACAGGGUUGGGAUCCUGGCUCAGUUUGAGGGUCUACUUAGCACUUAUGGAGAUGAACUGGGCAUGCUCGAGGAUAUGGAGGUGGGUGUGGCCGAACUCCACAAAGUGAAGUUUGUUUUGACUGAAGGAAAAAGUGACCAAUCAGACGACCUCCUGCCCACACUGACCGGCACAUGGGAGAGUUUGGUGGUUAAUGUUCCGUUGCCUCCAGAGAACUUCUCAUCUCUACCACAGGAGCUGAGGGAAGGGCAUCUGAUACAACUGCACCCAGUUUUCUUCAACAUUGGCAUCAACCAACAGCAGAGCCUCGCUGAGAGAUUUGGAGACAGUUCACUUCAGGAGAUUCUGAACCAGGAGAGCUGUGAUCGACUCAGAGCGUAUUGCAACCAACUGCAAGAAAAGCUGCCACAAAUAGCCAACUUAGAAACACUUCCAGAGUUAUUAUCUGCACUGGACUCUUGUGUACAAACCAGAAAGAGGAAGAAUGUGGAAGUUUUGUGGCUGGCUGCUACGGUGUGUAGGAGAGUGCGCGGUCUUCGUCUGACCAGCUGUAAAAGCGCCAAAGAUCGGACGGCCAUGUCUGUGACCCUGGAGCAGUGCGUUCUUCUGAGAGAGAGACACGGACUGCAGCCAGAGCACUUCAGCGCCGCCCUGGACGCCAUGAGGAGAGAGGGCUGCCGUCUGGAGAACGUGCAAAAGAACAUUGGCUGCAGGAGAUUCGCGUUCAGCAGCGUUCAGCUCCUGGCCUUUCCCAAACACUACAAACCCCCGGACGGCACCUACGGACACGCCCAGACAUAAAUGUAAAACCAUCGUAAUCACACAGGGAAUUAACCCAGAUGCUCUACCUGGCGCAAAAAUCCACAUUUACUUUUAGGCUGGGUUAGGGCUGCACGAUAAAGGAAAAAAAAAAAAUCAAGGUUAUGCAGACGACAUCACAACAUUCAGAAUUUUUGUCAAUGAUGAGACAUGACAUUUUCUAUUGUAAGAGCUCAAAACACAUUAUUAUUAAUCUGUGUACAUCUCCAAAGCUCAAAAUGCUCUGUACCACCUUGUGAUGUCAUGAGGUAGUUUUGAUUUGAUUGCAAU